AUGGGCGGCCUGCGCGCGCUCAUGGCGGACGUCCCGCAGUGGUGCAAGCGCCCAAACUUCGAGACGACGGUGUGGCUGAACAGCGCGAUCAAGACGCUGUGGCCGCGGCUCUCCGCGGCGCUGUCGAAGACGAUCGGGAACGUCCUCUCGCGUCGCCUCUCGCGCGUCUCGCCGCUGGGGAUGUCGCUGCGAAUCAAAGAGUUCCAGCUCGGGUCCGAGUCGCUGAACUUGCUCAGCGUGAACAACGUCGCGAAUCGCAACAAGAGCGCGAACACGGACGGCUCCUCGGUGGUUCUGGAUUUGGACGUUCGGUGGACCGGGAACCCCACGGUCGUGCUCGCGGUCGGGUAUCGCGGGCUGCCGCUCACCGUGCGGCUGUCGGAGUUGCAGGUCGCCGGGACGCUGCGGCUGCAGCUCUCCGACUUUGACGAUCGCAUGCCGACGUUCCAUCUGCUCGGGAUAUCUUUCGUGGAGAAGCCGGACAUUCGAUUCGCGCUGUCUCUCGUCGGCGGGAACAUAGACAUGAUCCCCGGCUUCAGCGACGCGAUCACGAACGUCAUCGGCAACGCGCUCACGCGGGUCAUGGUGUGGCCGCAGUCGAUUCGAGUGCCGAUC